AUGGUCCGAGGCCAGUUGAUGGAGUGUCUCGACUCCGUCACAGAGGCUUGGGGAGUAAAGGUUGAACGUGUCGAAAUCAAAGAUGUUCGUCUUCCAAUUCAAUUGCAACGUGCAAUGGCAGCAGAGGCGGAGGCUGCUCGAGAGGCAACUGCUAAAGUUAUAGCAGCAGAAGGUAACCAUCUAUACUAG